CGAAGAUCUGUUACUUGAUUCAGGCUUAGCUUUUUUCCCCCAAAUAUCACUUCGUGGAGAUUGCUAGGGUUUCAAUUCUCGCUGCUCUUUUGAUUUCUCGGGAUUCGAUUUUGUAUCAGUUCUUCAAUUCGCUACAUUGGGUAUUUCUAAUCGCGAGAAAGGACGCUUUUUGUUGAUUCCCGAGGUUCGUUUCCUGCAUCCUCUCUCUGUAGUUUCGAUCAAGGGAUUGAGUGUAGGGUUUAACUGUUUCGAUCUAGCAUUCGUGGAAAGUUACAUCUUUUGAUGAGGAAGAAGCGGAAAGGAACUGAAACCGAGAGUUCAGAGGAGUUAUCACGAUCAUCCAACUUCAGGUCACACUUCUCGUUAGAAGGUUACGUUAGACUUAAGAAACGUUGCAAGGAGAAUGAUGACUCUGUUGGUUCCUUUAAGAGACGACUCGCUGGCGUUGCUACUGCACCUCCUUGUGGUGCAUCAUCUUUAGUUUCAUCAGGGAGAGGUCUAAAGAGGAAGAUAGGUUGCAUUGAUGUUUCUACACAGACCGGUAGGAAGAAUAAGAUUGAUGAUGACUAUGUGUUUGGUCCUAGUAUAGGGAAAGGUAAAUUCGGAUUAGUUAGGAUCUGUAGGUCGAGGAAUAACGGGAUGGAUUUUGCUUGUAAGACUUUGAAGAAGGGAGAGGAGACUGUUCACAGGGAGGUUGAGAUUAUGCAGCAUUUGUCUGGUCAUCCUCGGGUUGUGGCAUUGCAUGCUGUGUAUGAGGAGUUGGAUUGUUUCCAUCUUGUGAUGGAGUUGUGUUCUGGUGGACGUUUGGUUGAUCAGAUGGUUAUGGAGGGGAAGUAUUCUGAGCAGCGAGCAGCUAAUAUAUUCAAGGAUCUUAUGCUAGUAAUUAAGUAUUGCCAUGAGAUGGGAGUUGUGCAUAGAGAUGUGAAACCUGAGAAUAUUCUCUUGACUUCUGCUGGGAAGAUUCAUCUUGCUGAUUUUGGGCUUGCCAUGAGAAUUUCAAAAGGUCAAACAUUGUCUGGAUUGGCAGGAAGUCCUGCUUAUGUUGCACCUGAAGUUAUUUCUGAAAACUAUUCAGAGAAGGUGGACAUUUGGAGUGCAGGAGUCCUCUUAUACGCUCUUUUGUCUGGUGUACUCCCUUUCAAGGGAGACUCUCUGGAUGCCAUUUUCGAAGCAAUAAAGAAAGUGAAGCUUGAUUUCAACUCGGGUGUGUGGGAGUCCGUGUCCAAACCAGCCCGUGAUCUAUUGUCAAGAAUGCUAACUAGGGACGAAUCUGCAAGAAUCUCAGCGGAUGAAGUGCUAAGGGAUCCAUGGAUACUCUUUUACACAGACAGGACACUCAAGACGAUGUGUAUAAAUUCUAAGCACAAGGGUCAAGCAGGACCUCCUCCGUGUCUUCAGAUUCACAGUCUGAUAGAGAAAAUUGACCUAAACAGAACUAACAUAGAGAAGAAGACGACAUCUGAUUCAUUCUCAAACACAGAGGAGGAGGAAGAAGAUGAGAGCGGUGUGGUGGAUGUGCUUGUGGUUGCUAUCUCCAACGUGAGGAUCUCAGAACCAAAGAGAAGCAGAGUGUAUAGUCCAACAAGCAUCCCCAUUGAACAGCAACACUCUUCUAACUUGACCACGGCUAAUACACUCUGUCGAGCCUUCUGACACAAAACUAGCCUUCACACACAUGAUAUGAUUAUCUUAGUGACUCUUUUAUUAUACCAUUAAUCAAAAUAGCUCUCUAAUAGUUGGAUUUGAUUUGAUUCCCUUUUUACAUUUCUCUCUAUGUUGUACAGAUCAUGUAAAUAGAAUAUUCUAAAAUGUUUGAUUCGAUU